UUCUAAUUACUUAUUGUUCUACAACUUUUGUCUAAUUACCCUAUUUGUUUUCUAUUUUCUUUGUAUUAAAUUCAUUAUGUUUACUUUAAUCGAGUCCAAGUGUAAUUUAGAAUUGAUGGUUUGAUUCAAAGAUGCCGAGUGUAAAGGAUGAAUCUGAACCCGAAGGAGAGGAGAUCUCUCACGACAGCAAUGACAGUAAUCAAAGUUCAGCUUCCUGUGAUAGUAGUGCAGAACACACUGACAGUGAUGAUUCAUCUGAGAUGGAUGAGGACGAAUGCGAAAGGCGGAGAAAUGAAUGUAUAGAUAAUCUAGUCGAUCUAGAAAAACAAUUUUCAUUCCUCAAAGAACAGCUUUAUCGCGAACGAAUCACUCAGGUCGACACAAAAUUGGGUGAGGUUCGCGUGGGAAAAUCCGAGGAAUAUCUCAUUCCACUCGAACGAUUGAGGGAGAAUAUGAAAAUAAAACAAGAAGUCGCCGAUAUUCUUAAACAAUUUCGAUUGCAGAAUAUUCAAAAUAAAUACGACGCCGAGGAGCAGGCUGCAUUGCAAAAUUUAAAAAGUGAAAAACAACUAAUCUGGGAUGCAAUUCACAGUGAUUUACAGGAGAAAAUUCGUCGUCUCGAGGAGGACAGAAAUAAUGUCGAUAUUCACGCUGAUUUAUGGCAAAUAUCAAGUGGUAGACGAAGAAGAAAUCACACCGAUCGAAGAAGAGCUGUUUCCGUUACUGGUCCAUUUAUAGUUUACAUGCUCAAAGACGAGGACAUUCUCGAAGAUUGGGCAUUAAUAAAGAAAAGUCUAACCAGUCGAAAGACGGAAAUUCUCUAAGAAUUCGAAAAAGAAAAUCAAUGACUGAUUUGAAAAAAACGAAGAAAAAAAAAGAAAUAGUGCAUUAAGAAAAUAAAAUUUGUGUUUACGCGUGAAAGUGAUAAAACUUUUCAUUAGAGUGGCUCGUUUGUUUUGAAACGGAAGCAAUUAUCCUACCAUUUUAUAUGGUAAUAUAAAUAAUACUUAACACUUAUCUUUAGUUAUAUAUUUUCACUAUACAAUUUAUUCGAAAAAUACUUUAUUAAUUGCAAUAACAAUUUUUCCUCUUUUUUAACCAAUUGUAGCGAUGAAAAAUUCACUGACUGAUUAUAUACCGACUUUUGAUAAACUGUCGGUAAUAAGUAAAAAUCGAUAAAGAAAGAAGAGCUAAUUUUUUACUUAUCUGUAAUUGCAAAAAUAAUCUAAAAACCAAGUGAAAGAUAUUUAUCCAGAAAAGAAAAAUUGUCUAUAUAUAAAUGAGAAAAUGUAAAUACAUUACAAUGUAAAAAAAAGAGUUCAAGAAAAUGAAAUAAGAAUUUUUUCCAAUUUUUUUUUUAUAUAAUCAGAUUAAAUGCAAUUAAAUUAAGAUAAGAGAAGUUACGUCGUUCUCAAAAUAAUUUGAGAAAAAUUACGAAUUUUCAAAAGAAAAAAAUUAAAGUCAAACUAAGUUUUGAUUAUUUAUUAUCGAAUACGUUACAAGUUAAGAUUUUCUAUAGCGCUUUGUACUUGACAUGAAAAUUAUAAAUACGAGUGUAAAUAGAAAAUAAAUAUUAAGGAUCCAAACUGAAAA